UUGUAUCUUACGAUACGCCUUCCGAUACACGAUUUGAUAACUUUGGUUGUUAUCAUUGUAUUCAUCUUUGUUAGUGUUUCUUAAUUUUUCGUCUGUUUGCGUCCUUUAAACCAAUUGCAGAGUAUAUAAUGCUAGCUAGUGUCUAUUACUAUUUUGCCUUGGUGACUUGUGUUGUCUCAUGUUUGUUUUUCCAAUUCUGUUUUGUGAAUUAAUCGGGGUGGACUUUUGCAAAGACUUACAAUUUAAUUUGUUCAAAUUGACCAAGAUUGAAAGGAAGGUUUUUACCCAAACAAUGUGUCACAGAUCAUUAAGUUCCCAAUUUGGGUCUUAGUUCCCAAGUUUUUCUGUGGUAUGAUAUGGUUAAGUGCAUUUUGAUGUGGCUGAUCAUGGAAUCAUUUAUCAACAGCAGCAACUUUAGUAAUGAAUUGUAAAUGUAGAGUUGUAUUUCCCGUGUGUGUAUGCAGAUUCUAUCCCCUACUGAAAAUGGGUCAGAUACUUGUUUUUCUUGAAGUCAAGCCUGGAUAUGGCACAUUUGCUAUUGACUUCCAUAUUUCAAAGUAUGCAAAACCUUCUCCAGAAGAUAAAAUACGGUUAUUUGUUGCUCAGACAGAUAAUAUAGAGACAUCUUCAUGUAUCAUAAGCCCACCACAAGUAAACUUUCUGUUGAAUGGAAAGGGAGUGGAGAGAAGGACUAAUGUUUUCAUGGACACCGGACCACAGAUUCCGACAGUUGUGACGCCUUUGCUGAAAUAUGGAACAAAUCUUCUCCAAGCUGUGGGCGAGUUUAAUGGAAGUUAUAUAGUUUUUGUUGCUUAUAUGAGUGUGGUCUCUACCCCUGACUGUCCUGCCCUAGAGGAUUAUUCGCAUCCUGCUAUUGCUGCAUUGGAUUCAGAUUCUGAGAUAAUUGAGGGACCAUCACGAAUAUCAAUAAACUGUCCCAUAAGCUUCCGGCGUAUUACAACUCCUAUCAAAGGGCAUUCAUGUAAACAUCUUCAGUGUUUUGAUUUUGACAACUAUGUGGACAUAAAUUCAAGAAGACCAUACUGGCGCUGCCCACAUUGUAAUCAGUUUGUCUGCUUCACUGACAUCCGUAUUGAUCAAAAUAUGGUCAAGGUCUUGAAAGAGGUGGGAGAGAAUGUUGCUGAUGUGAUCAUCUCGGCAGAUGGAUCAUGGGAGGCCACCAAGGAAAGUGAGGAUCCUACAGACCAGCCACAUGAUAAUACUCCCAAUUGCAAGCAAGAUGGGUCUGUGCAUCAAGAAUCUGCUAUCUUCCCAAAUGCUCCUCCAGAUGUUCUGGAUCUCACCGAGGGAAAUGAUGUCAUGGAUGCAGUGGGAAAUGAAGACAGAAAACCUUCCCCCGCUAAUUGUCUAAGUCAAUCUAAUACUGAGAUUCUGACAACCUGCCUUAAUACGUAUCAUAUGAAUGAGGUUAAUGAAAACAGUUCUCGUAUUGGUCAAGUUUCUGUGCCUGCUCCUUCAAAUUAUAUGCCGUCUCCCGUGUUAACUGACGCGGUUUCUCCUGCUCUUAAUCGAGAAGUGGAGGCUUUUGGUGGAAAUGCUAUCCUUGCAUCCUCUGUUCCAGAUAGUCAACUUCCUGUUCCUGCUAAUUUGCAAGUACAACAAUCGCAAUUUGGGAAUUCCAGUCUCAGCAAUGAAAAUCAGAGAUUCCCAUCAAUACCCAGGCAUGUAAGCAGAACACCAAUUGCAGUUCAGGCCCUUCCAGUCCAGAAUUCUAUACAUGUUACCACACAAAGAUCAAGAAAUAGUUUGAAUACCUUGGCCCCCUGUGGUCCUUCUGCUGCUUCUCAGAGUUCUUCUGCUGUGUCAUUACUCACAGAUGGUUUCAAUGCAGCAUCCAGUAAUUUGGGAAGGCAACCCCAAUUUUCUAGAUCUCAUUUCAAUCCACUUCAAGUGUCGCACACAUCCUCAUCUUCGUCACUGCAAUUUUCUGGGACACAGAACUGGGAUCAUCAAAAUCGCUCAUUAAAUCCUGGCCAAACAGCUCAACAGAUGGUGGGUCGUCCAGAGUUAAGUCUACUCCCAGGUGCUUACAGAUUUUCCCCCGCACGACUAGCAGCAGACCAUAACUCAAAUCAGCAUCUACCUUUGAAGAUGAGGGUUCCCCAUGCCAUGGGUCCUUCCCCAAGCCUGGUGCAGUCAUCUGCACAUUUCCCUCGUCCUGAACCUAAUCAAGGAGUUGCAGAGCAGAGAGAGAGUACAGGAGCAGUGCAACCAGUGGAUUCGCCACCCGAACAGAAUUGGCGCCCCACAGGUAGGAUGCGUGGAAGCCUAUCGGGACGGGCUUAUUCUGAUGCUGUAAGCCAAUACAUUAUCAGGCCAACCCAGCCAGUUCAAGCUGCUAGACCAUUAUCAAAUAUGACCUUGCCCCCAGCAAGUGUACCAUCCCACUUGCAAGUCCUGGUGGCAAAUAGCAGGAAUGCCCAUGAUCCUCAAGCAGCAAACCAUGCAUCGACAGAGCCAGCUUGUAUGUCUGGAAGCCUAGGUGUUCUAUCACCGUAG